CCGCGCUGCCGCCCGCCUUACCUUUCGUCCCUGGCCGGGCCUGCGGGAUGUUCAUUUUAAAGAUUAUGUGAAGAUGAAAAGGGACAUCUUAUGGCUUUAUGAAAUAUAAAGCAAUACUGUCUGACAUGACGGCAAAAAAUGUUGGUGUGACUUCCACAAAUGGAGACUUGAAAGGAUUUAUAGAUCAGAACCAGAGUCCAACAAAAGGUAAUAUUUCAGUAAUCACAUUGCCGGUUUCCAGCACCAACUCUCCGACUAAGAUUUUGCCAAAAACCUUGGGACCAAUCAAUGUGAAUGUUGGACCCCAAAUGAUCAUAAGCACACCACAAAGACUGAGCAGUUCAGGGAGUGUUCUGAUUGGGAGUCCCUAUAACCCAGCUCCAGCAAUGGUCACUCAGACACACAUAACGGAAGCGGCCGGCUGGGUCCCAGGGGAGCGGAAACGGACUCAAGAAAUUAUAGAGUCAGAUUUUUCAGAAAGUAAGAGAAGCAAGAAAGGAGAUAAAAAUGGGAAGGGUCUGAGGCACUUUUCAAUGAAAGUUUGUGAAAAAGUUCAACGUAAAGGAACAACUUCAUACAAUGAAGUCGCUGAUGAGCUCGUAUCAGAAUUCACAAAUUCUAACAGCCACCUAGCAACUGAUUCACAGGCUUAUGAUCAGAAGAAUAUUAGACGGAGAGUUUACGAUGCCCUCAACGUCCUGAUGGCAAUGAACAUCAUUUCAAAGGAGAAGAAGGAAAUCCGAUGGAUCGGCCUUCCCACAAACUCAGCUCAGGAAUGUCAGAAUCUAGAGAUAGAAAAACAGAAGCGGAUUGAAAGGAUAAAACAGAAGCGAGCCCAACUGCAAGAACUGCUACUGCAGCAAAUAGCAUUUAAAAACUUGGUACAAAGAAAUCAGCAAAAUGAACAGCAAAAUCAAGGCCCUCCAUCUUUAACCUCCACAAUACAGCUGCCUUUCUUAAUAGUCAACACUAGCAAAAGAACAGUUAUAGACUGCAGCAUAUCAAGUGAUAAAUUUGAAUACCUCUUUAAUUUCGAUAAUACUUUUGAGAUUCAUGAUGACAGCGAGGUGCUGAAGAGAAUGGGAAUGUCCUUUGGGCUCGAAGCAGGCAAAUGCUCAGCUGAGGACCUAAGAACUGCAAAAUCACUGGUGCCAAAAGCUUUAGAAGGCUACAUCACAGAUAUGUCUGCAGGAUUUUCAUGGAUAAACCAAGGGUUACUUUCAAGUUCAGCACAAGCAGUUUCCCAUUUCGAGGCAGCUGGAGGCACUUACAAUGCUAAAUCAAGUGAGAAUCCAGGGUUGUGUUUGGAUGCUGAAGUGGCCUUAGCAACUGGGCAGCUGCUUGCCCCUAGCAGUCAGCAGUCCAGCAGUGCAGCGUCCCGGGGGGAGACACCCUGCUCCUUCAACGAGGAAGAUGAAGAGGAUGAAGAUGAGGAUUCUUCCUCCCCAGAAUGAGGACAGUAGAAAAUGGAAUAUACAAAAUGCUGCUCAAAUAUUCUUAAUGGGAGUUCCUGUUUGGAUUUUACUGGUUGCUUGCCUUGGUUUGCACUGUGUUUGGUGAACCAAAAUGGAAGCUUCAAAACAAGUUUAUCCAUAGAUGAAAUUGAAGAAUUGUGUAACUGAACACAGAGUGACAUGCAGAGACAGAGCAAAGUGGGUUUUAUAAACUAUAAAUGAGGAAAAGAACAAAGUCCCUGGAGAUUUGGCAAAGUAAACCUUAAGAUCAUCUUUUCCAUUUUGGGACUCAAGGCUUUGUCUUCCCCUUGUCUUUUUCAGAUGGAGAAGAAAACAGUUCAGUCAGUAAAAGCCAAUUCUUGUGUUGUCUUUUGGCUGUGCUACCUUCAGAAAAAGGGGGAGAGAGCACACACAAAUGUGCUAAAAUCAUUAUUUAAAACUAUCUUGUAUGAAAGUGGUUAUAGGGAAAAGGGGCUGUUAAAAUGUUUGCUUUUUUCUGUUCAACUUGCUGUAUAGAGGAUUCUUAAAGUAAUAUAAAUUGCAAGUGAUUAAAUGAAUCUUGAAAUAGUUUAUAUCCAUUUUAGAUACUCUAAAAGUAACAAGAAACAUUAGUAUAAAAGGUUCAUAUGUUCAUUUAUAUUGCAGGUCUAAUUUAUUAUAAGUGAUUAUUCUUAGCCAUUAUUAAAACAGUCAGGAAAAAAACCAGUAUUCUCUGCACCAGCUUUUUUCAAGGAAAUUAAGUUAAAAAACUGUAUUUCUAGAUUACAGCGUAUUUAGUGUAGCUUCUCCUUUACUGUUCUAACUUUAUAUAAUCCCUUUGAUGUCAGAGCAUGUCUUGUUUUUUUUUAAAAAAGGCCUCCCACCAUGUUAAGGAUCUCAGGCAGUGUGUUUUUGAGGCAGUCUUUUCAAAUUUGGGGUGGGCAGCUCACAUAACUUUUAAAGUCAUUGGCUGAGGUUCUUAGGAAAAAAAAAUUCAACAAUACAUCAUUUCAUGUUUUGCAUUCUGGUCAGCUUGGAUUCUGACAGGCUUUCUUAUCAGUAACUUCAGUUGCACUCACCUUGAUGCACCUUUGGAAGUUGUAUCAAACCAUGUAAAAUGAUCUGUGGCUCAAGUUACCCAACACAUAUCCCAUGUGAACUGUUAGACUUGCAGCAGGAGGCUGUGUGUUUUCCAUAGCUAACAUCUCAUCCAAUCACAAAGACCUUUAAAAAAACCCAAAACCUCGAAUAUCAAUGCAAAAUACACUGUAAAUGUGCUCUUCCCAUGGUGUUCCAGUGCCCAGGACUUGGCCUAGCCUCUAAGUUAACUAUUUUUCACGAGGUGACUCUUUCCAGUUUUCCCACUGUGUGUAGGGGUUGCCCCGUGUCUCAGCUGUCCUGGCUGUCC